GUUUCUUUUGGAAUGUCAACAUAUGAUCGCAAAGUGAAUAUGUCAUCUAGGAAUAUAGAUCUAGAUAUCUAGAUUAGAUUAUUUCUAGAUCUAGUCUAGUAGUCUAGAUUACAAUUUUCAAUAUAGAUCUAGAGUAUUCUAAAGUCUAGAAUGUUGUGAUUUGCUCCCCAGAUUUUCAAUGGACAAAAAAGUUGUCAAUUCAGAAAAGACCAGCUCUGAUGAAAUAAUUGAAAAAUCUCAAAAAGCUGUAGUAUUUCCAAUAAGUAAAUUACAUUGGAAUGCUUGCACCCAUAAUCCUGGACAUAGGGAUUUUAUACCUUUGAAAACUUUUAACAGUGAGCAUCUUCCAGAAAAAUACAGGAGUGAAGAUAUUUUGAACUACAUUCUAUCACUAGCAGCUUUAACUGUUCGAAUAGUAGUUACGGUAAGAAGCCCUGAAAGGCCAGCAGAUUAUUUGUAUUUUUGUGGAAAUGGUACAUUGUGGACUGGCACUGGAACUGUGACAGAUAUAAAACCUAAAAAUCUUAAAGCUUUGAAACAUUUCUGUAUUACUGAGAGUACCACUGCAGUCAUCAGCAUUAAAACAGCAUGCCAUGUUGUUUUUGAUAGCCUUGAGGCCUCUCAUUGUUACGUGAAUUUCUUUUUUGAUGAUGAAGAGAACAAAGAAGGUGUGAAACAUGUCACAGGUAAGAUUGUGAGCAUUAAAAAUGAAGAGGAAGACUGGAGUAUUUUUCAAUGUCACACCACUGAUGUUUCUUUGAUAAAGACUAUAAUUUCAAACUUAAAAAUGAUUUCAAAGUCAAGAUAUGUACAAUCUCUAUCUGAAAGCAUUGCAGUGAUCGCAUCUCAUCCUCAUGGAAUGUCUAAACACAUUAGUGUUGGAAGGUGGACUUAUGGCUCCAGCAAUCCUUGCAUGGAGCAGAGACGCAGUUUUUCUCCUAAUCUAAGUAUUCGUAUACUAGAUGACAGUAUUAAAUAUACAUUAUUUCCAUGGGAGCCAAUAGAUGUUCUUGUCAAUAGUUCAAGAGUAACAGACAGGCCAGUUCAAUGUUUUUCAGAGCCUGUUGGAAUAGAGUGUGAUGUACAUUUCCCUGAUGGAACUACCAGCAAGUGUCAUGUUUGGCAAGUGGAUCGUACAGUUAAAUAUACCAAAAUGUCUCUUAUAAAUGAAUGUGGAAUAGGAAUUAAUGUUCCUUCAGAGCAGCUGUACCUUGAACUGCAACUAAGUAAUGGAGAUACACAAGUUAUGAAAGAUGAUAAACUGCUUGAAUACUAUUGGAAUGACCUGACUGCUUCCUCUACAAUAUUCCUGAAAAUAUCACAAAAUGAAUUAUAACAUACUAAAAGAUCUAACAUCUUGCUUCACAAAAAUUAAUUUUAAGAACUAUAAAUGUUCAUGUCAUUUAAGCUAGUCCUCCUGACAUAUAUUUCAUUUUCUCCAGGGUAAUUAAAGGUUGAUUCCAAACAUGAAUGCUUGGAAACCUUGGGAUAAUCAAACCAAUGUGAAAGAAUUACCUAUUUGUAGUCAUCAUUUUUUUUUUAGUAAAUAAUUGCAUCAUAUAAACUUGAUGUGGGCUGCAGGAAAGAUUACCCAACUAAUAACCCUCAUGCAUCUGCAAUCCAGGGUUCCAACACAUGCAUUCUGUGAUUACUUACCAGAAACAAAAAUUAUGUCUUUAUACUUGUGUAAUGGAAUCACUAUAACCAAGAAUUCCAAAUUGAAAACAAACAAAACAUUGUUAGUAAAAUAAUAAUUUGAACAAUAACCAUGGUCAAGUUUUUAUUUCCAAUCAAAAGUGAGCAUCAUUCCUUUUUCUGCAUAUUAUAUGGCUUUUGAAUUUACACUCUGAAUUUAAAGGACAUUACAUUUGAAGUCUGGCUUUUUUAAUAUUCUUUAUUACAAAGUAAAAAAUUCCAUUAGUCACAUUUUUCAUAUAGGAUUGAUCUUAUGCUUUUUUACCCCCAUGUAGGGCUGUCAAUUUGUCAUAAUUUAAGAAAGCUUUGAGAAUAUCUAAACUCCUAUUUUGAAUUGCAUCCCUUGGAAUCGAAUGGCAUAGUUUCUCAUUUAGUUCCCCUUUCAGACCUUGUGAUCUAAGGGGCACAUGAUGUAAAGAUCAUCUGUUUCUGUGGCCCAUGGUUAACGACGGUGUCAUGUGGCCUGCACAGCGACCAAUCACCUUUACUUUUCCCCAACUUAUGUCAGGUACCCAUUAGAGCUUGGUGGACUCAGAGGCGCCCAAAGAUCCUGAAAUUCAAAAUUCCAGUCUUCACCAGGAUUCAAACGGGGAACCACCGGUUUGGAAGUCAAGUGCUUUACCACUCAACCACUAAGCCUCCCAGUUUCUCAUUUAAUAUUAUCAUCCAAAGGGGAUCAAUCAAACUUUGUUGGGACUAAGAUUAAUGGAACUCACACUUAUGAAGUUUUCAAAAACAUGCUUCCCCCCCCCCCCCCCCUUAAGAUGCAGAAUCCAACAUAAAAAGAAUAAAAACUGCAUUGUUGUAUUUCUUGAGAUUUUAAUAGCACAUAAACCUUGCACAUAUAUCACUACAUCAUGAAUGUCUAUAAAUGAGAUUUGACUGGAGCACACUAAGCUUAACAUGGAGACACGCUAAACAGAUAUCAAAUGAUGAUGACACAAAAUAGAGCAGUGAGAUAAGUAACAAACGAAUAUUCACAUUUGACUAGAGUAACACCUUUAGUAAAAUCACUAAAUUUAGUAAGCCUUCAGGAUAGAAAACACUGAACUAUAAUUUUCAAAUUCAAAAACAAAAUCUAAUAAAACACUCAGAAAGACACAUUCCUCGUUCCAUAUGCUAGGACAAAUUUUUACAAAUGCUCUUUCUUCCCUAGUGCUAUUAGAGCAUGGAAUGGGUUGCCUGAGCUAGCCAGAAAAACCAGUGACUUGGCAGAAUUUAGGUCAAUGGUUAAAUGCAUGACACGUAGGACGUAAUCAUCUUCUUUUGAAGUAACGUCUGUAUUAUAUAAGAUAUAUGAUAGACACAUUAAGCAUUGCUUAAAAUUUGAUCUGUGAUAAAGACUAAAUUCAGUAUUUUACAAACUGUAGUGUUUCCCAUUGCCUGAUAGGUAGUUAAAUAGUGGCCCACGCAUGAACUAAUUCCUAUGGUAAAUGCAAAAAAUAAAUAUUGAUUUCAUUAGCUCUUCUCAGUACGGUAACAAUAGCAGAAAAAAAAAUUAUAAAAUAUCAAUUUGAACUGCUGUAGAUUUUGAAUCUAUUUUCAAAUAAAGAUCAACUAUUUAAUGAUUUCUGGUUUGUCUGAAGAACACCAUCAUAUUUCAAAACAAGCUGUUGUUAUUUUAUUUCAGUUUCCUUCAAACUUUUAGUGCGGCGCAGGAUUUUCUGUUACAUUUCAACAAAAUCGUAAUAUAGAAUCAAGCUCGAGCUAAAGCUUAUCAAUACAAUGCCAGAUUUUUGCCCUUUAAAAAACACCAUCAAAUUCAUUCAACUUUAUUUAUUCUUAUGUUUCUCUUUAUUUUAUUAUUGUUCUAUAAUUUAUAAUAAAUAAAAAUGUUGGUUUAUCAUCCUUUAUUUUUUUAACACAUAGGAAAUGAUCCAACCUAAAAAAAAAUAAGCAAAAUGUUCCGUUGAAUUCUUACAAUUGUGAAAAUGUUUGGGAAAUACUGGACUUAUUUAUAAACAUGUUGCCAAUAAAAAGAAAUGAAACAAUAAAAGUACAUACAUUU